AUGGUUCGCCUUUCCCUCCUUAACGUCGCGGCUAUCGCUACCCUCCUUCUCGGAGCAGAAGCCGGCCCCUGCCGUCCAACAACUACAGCCGUGACAAGCCUUGCUGAGGCCUCGUCCACGACUGGAGCCUCUUAUGCCGAGACCACCUCGACGGUUGCUGCUGAUACAACGGCUACUUCAGUCGAUAUGACUACCGUCACGACCCUCGCGGAUACUACCACUACGACCAAAGCGGAAUCCACGACCACUACCGCAGCACCAGCCUGCCUUGAAACCCAGGCGCUCAUCAACCCAGGCUUCGAUGAUAGAUCUGAUAGUAUCUCACCCUGGACUGGCAAUGGCGGCCUAAUCCAACGAGAACCUCAAGCUGGCGUUAACGCUUUGGCCUUUAUCUUUAAUUACGGUCAGGGCAAUGGCUAUGUCAAGCAGACUUUAGACAACCUGGAUGGUGACUAUGAAUUCUCUUACUAUUACCGAGUUCUUAGUGCCAGCGUUGGUGCCGAUUACACUUGCGACAUUGAGCUCACUGUCGGAGAUACGACCCUUCGUGGCGAUAUGGACUAUUCCGUCGGUGGUUGGAAGUCGGGCAGCGUCAACUGGUCUAGUGGGGGCGAGAAUCUCGCUCAGGGAGAUGUACAGCUCAGCGUAUCCUGUGGAGGAGAAUUCGACAAGGUGCAGGUCAACAUAGACAGUCUUGCCUUUACGCGAGUUUGCAGCGUUUAG